AUGUCAAUUUAUACAUACAUAAAUGAAGAUCAAAUUGAUCUUGAACUUAAAUGUAUAAUCUGUAAUAAACCUCUUCAAUUACCUGUCAAUUGUACUAAAUGUGGUCAAACAAUUUGUCAAAAAUGUUUUAAUCUAUGUAGAAAACAACAAUUAUCAUGUCCAUUUUGUCGACAAGAUGGAUCUCAAUUUGUACCUGUUAUUACUCGUAUUGUAUUUAAUCAACUCAAUCAUUUACUAGUUCAAUGUUCAUUAUGUCAACAAACUAAUAUUAGACGAGGUAAUUUUGCUGAUCAUAUUGCUUAUACAUGUGUAAAACAAAUAGUUCCAUGUACUAAUAAAUGUGGAUGGAAAGGACGUCGAGAAAAUCUUGAAAAUCAUUUAAUUCGAUGUCGACAAACAUCACAUUGGUGGAAAAUUCUACGACGAUGGAGUCCUAUUGCUUGUUUUAUGCCAAAUCAUUCUAAUUAA